AUGCUAAUUUUCUCUCUUGACUUGAUUUUAUUCACAUUUUUUAGACAAUCUACUCGAAGCUUACUUCUAAUUUCCUUUCUUCUUAAUAUAAAGAUGGCCUGUUUACAAAAACUUCGAGAAGAUAUUGCCUUGCUUGAACGAUUGUUUCCCAAAACAUAUGAACGCUUUCAGAUUGUUUCCGCUUCAAUUGACGAACUUGAGGUUAAUUUCGUUGGGACAGAUGGGAAGUCUAUUCAGAUUUGUGCUAAUAUUCAGCCUCCAAUUUGGUUCAGCGAAUCUGACGAUGCUAUAGUCACUGCUUUACUUGAACAGCUCACUCAAAGUCAAGAUGGCACAGGUAUUCUGGCACACUUGCAUAUGUUGGUUCUCAGGCUUUGUACUGCACAUAGACUGACAGUGCAGACAGAACUUGAAGCGAUUGCUCCGAGCGAAGGGAAUGGAAGCGAAUUGGAAAACACUGUGGAUGAUGAUGAGGAGGAUGAUUUGAUGUGCGAAAUGGAGAAUGUUGGGGCUGCACGUGUUGAGCAUUCUGAAGAUGGACUGGUUCCACCUGCUGGUUUAGCCGUUAUUACUCGUGUUUCUCACGUUCAACGUCAGCAGCACCUUAAAUGCGCUCCAGCUGGUUCUGUAACAGCGUCAGAUCGUCUUAUGAAAGAGCUUAAGCAGAUAUAUAGCAGUGAUAACUAUAAAAAUGGCGUUUUCUCAAUCGAAUUGGAAAAGGAAAAUUUGUAUGAAUGGAAUGUCAAAUUGAAGAAAUUUGAUGAAGAUAGCAAUCUUGCAACAGACUUGAGACAAUUGGCUAAGCCUCCACAUAACAAGGACGGACUGCUUUUUCAAUUUAUUUUCGGGGCUUCUUUUCCGUUUGAGCCUUCUUUUGUUCGUCUUGUUUCUCCAGUUGUUACAAACGGUUUUUUAUUUUUUAGGAAUUUUUUUACUUGUUUUAAUUUGGGGUGACCUUUCACCCCCCCCUUUUUUUUUAAGUGUUUCUAGGCUGUGUAUUAUUCACGUGCCUGUC